UCUUCUAGUAGGACCAUUGUGUUAUUUCCAAUUCAAUGAUCUUAUUCAAUUCUGACAGCACAACGCACCAAAUUUCAGCCAAACAAACUAAACCCUUCAUCGGAUUAGAUUUAAACACCUUUCCUUAACACCUUUCCUUAACUUACAACUUUCACACCUAAAAUCACUAAAACAAGUGCCAACUUUCUAGCUAUAGCGUAGAGCUCAAUUUUUCCACAUAUUGCCAUAUCUCCUCUCCUCUCAAAUUCCCUAUGCCUUCCAUUGCGCCCUUCAAUAUUUUCAUGGGCAAAAAGAAACCCAAGAGUGGCAGUGGCUCUGACGAUUUAUCUACUGUAAAAGCUGCAGCUUGGGCAUGGUACCAGCGUGGUUCAGGGUCAGAUGAAGAGAAGCCCAUUUGCGAAUUUCUUGUCACGAGAACUCGCCUUGCGCAUAGACCAUCAAGGUACAAGCUAGAAGCCAUGAGAGUGGAGGGACAAUGUUCUAUGCAAAAGUCAUCACAAUCAGACAAAACUGUUCGUAUCCGUACGGAUAGUAAUUCUCUUCUUGAUGCCUAUGAAAUUCAGAGCAUUUCCAAGCGACUCGAUUAUCUUAUAGAGUCUAGUAACAUUUUCUUUAAUAGAGAUGAUGCUUUUGGUGAUGAUCACCACAACAAUAGCACAAGUUCAAUCAAGAGUAAGAAGAAGAAGAAAAAGAAACUCUUGAAAGGGUUAUGGUGGAGGCAUGCAGUUGUUUGUGGGACAAGGGAGGAUGUGGAUACAAGUGCUUUCGUGCUGAGUCGGCCGCCGUCGGCUAUAGCGGCAACGCGUGUUCCGGUGGUUAAGAUGGCUACUUGUAGGCCAGGAGCUGCCCAUGCGUUGUGAAUUUUGGAGCUACUUAAUAAAUGCCCAACUACGUCUACAGCAAAUAGAAAUUUCUUUGCAACUUCAUGGAUAUAUGUUAAACACAAAUUAAUGUAAUAAUUUUGGGGAGAGCAAAAAAAAAAAAAGAACCUGUCCAAUAAAUGCUGCUUGCAUUAUUUGUUGAAUCGAUAGGGUUGUAUUUUUCGCUUGUAAAGCCCAUAUUUAUUUUGGCCACUUUAUUUGGAAAAUUCUUAAAUUGCAGAGUUUAGUAUUCUAGAGA